AUUUCAGUCCGUAUUAAUGUGUUUUGUUAUUUUUUUUAUUAUUUUCAAUGAAAUGUGUAUUAAUGCGACAGCAUAUUACUAAAUUAAUACUUAGUAGUGUUUCAGUAGUAUCUAUCAAAAGGUAGAAUAGAUCGUAAACCCUCGGCUCUAACUUCCUAUAACAUUUAGCCGGCACACGAAACAAACAUUAUUAUAAUUCCAGAUAUUUUUCUUCGACAAAGGCCAGAAUGCAAGUUUUUACUCAAAAAAGAAACCCUAUAACUGGGAGCACAGAAUGGGACGUUCAACACGAAGAUUACGAUUACCAUCAGGAGAUAGCAAGGAGUGCUUUCGCGGAUAUGCUCCAUGAUACAGAGAGGAAUAAAAAGUACUAUAGAGCUCUCCAGCUAGCUAUAGAAAAGAUGCACAAUGAGGGCAAGCAAGCUAACGUUUUAGACAUUGGCACAGGCACUGGUCUCCUUUCUAUCAUGGCUGCGAGAUGUGGAGCGGACUCCAUCAUAGCCUGUGAAGCUUUUAAGCCUAUGGCUGAAUGUUGCGCUCAGAUACUGGCACGUAAUGGUGUUGCUGAUAAAAUAACCCUGAUACCGAAGAGAUCCACAGAGUUGACGGUUGGUGAUGAUGGAGAUAUGAAGCAGAGGGCCAACAUAUUGGUGACGGAAGUGUUUGACACAGAAUUGAUUGGGGAAGGAGCCCUAUCAACAUUUUCUCAUGCCCACAAGCACCUGCUUGAAGAGGAUUGCAUUGUGGUUCCAGACUCCGCUGUAAUAUACGUGCAGUUGGUGGAAUGUCCAACAUUACAGAAGUGGAACAAACUCAAUGAUUUGGCCGAUGAAGACUUGGAAGUGAUACUCAGAACGCCACAAAAGAUGAAAGACUGCGCGGGAUCUGCAGCUGUUCACGAUAUCCAACUAUCCCAACUCCCUCGUUCAUCGUUCCGGGAGCUCUCAGACCCUAUCCCGGUGUUCUACUACGACUGGUCGGGCCGGAGCCCUAUAGACUUCAAGCGGACAGUCAAACAACAAUUCAGUGCUUCGGGCACUGGACGAGCGCAGAUGGUUUUUAUGUGGUGGGAACUUAAUAUGGAUACUGAAGGUAGGAUAUGCCUUAGCUGUGCGCCAUGGUGGACCCACCCUGACGCGAAUUUAGCAGCGGAACGACCCCAAGAUUCUAUUCCUUGGCGCGACCAUUGGAUGCAAGCCGUCUACUAUCUCCCACGAGAAAUAACAUUAAAAAAAGACAGUGAAGCCACACUUAUUUCCUGCCAGGACGAAUAUUCUCUAUGGUUCUAUUUGGAAGACGAUAAUGUUAAACAAAGUCAUUAUAAAAGACCUAUUUGUGAAUGCGGCGUACACAUGGCUCUGUCUAGAACACACGUCUCAUAUUUAAAUGAUGGAAAAAGAAGCAAGAAGUUUCUAAAUCAAUUAAAAGAAGAUUUAGUUAGGAAUGGCGUGGUUUUAGAUUUAAAUGGCAGCAGUUUUCUAGGUCUAGCCGCGGCGAAAAUGGGCGCGAAAAAAGUAUACAUUCUAGAGAAUCAAAAUUUGAAUGUUGGUUUAUUAAAUGACUAUGUGAAAGAAAAUAGCAUAGAAAAUGUGGUUAUAGUGCCAGAAAUUAGUGAUGAGAUUUUGAAAGAAGUGACAAACGUGGUUGCUGAUCCAAAUUUCAAUAAUGCGAUAUUACCUUGGGAGAAUUUGAAGAUAGCAUAUUUAUUGUAUAGGUUUAGAAGUACGUUGGGUUCUCAUGUGUCGAUAUUGCCCGAGGGUUGCGAGUUUUGGGCGAUGCCGGUGCAGUUUUUGGACUUGCAGAAGAUUAGGAUACCGUUGGGGCGAUGUGAGGGCAUCGAUAUGACGAUCUUUGAUGAGCUUGUUGAGAAGUCCCGCGUGAUAAGCGACGCCGAGGUGGAGCCCCAGCCGCUGUGGGAGUACCCGUGCCGCUGUCGCGGGGCUCCGAGGAAGCUACUGGAUAUCAACUUUGGACAUUUGCAAGCCACUUAUGCGGUGAAUGAUGCCCAUCCAUUGACAGAUACAGAAAGUGAGGAAAAGCAAGUAGUGAACGGAUUCGCGAUAUGGGCAGUGUGGAGAGUGGGCGGCAAGGAGCUCAGCGCGGGGCCCGCCGCCCGGCCCGCCGCGGGGGGCUGGGUGCAGUGGGACAUGCACACGAGGCAGGCGGUCAAGAUAUUGAAAAGGGCCCACGAAGUGAGCUCAGUUGACAAAUGGAGCCACCAGGUGGCGUGUGACCUCGAACGGGGACAGUUCGACAUAGAUGUCAAUUUAGUACUCAAGGAUGAAUUCUUUUAACACUUCUAUUGUUGUACUGUUUAUAACUCUAUGCCUCUGUUGAGAACGUGUUAAAUUAUAAUGUAAAUGUGAACGCACUUGCGAUAAAGCUAUGUUUUUUGACAUAUUUUUUUAUGUUAUACCACUGCAAUUUCCUCGCAUUAUUUACUUACUUUUAAGGGAUGGAUAACAAUGAAGUAUUAUUUUGAUUGUGACAAAACCCCGAAUUCAACUUGCGCGAGAAUUUAUAUCUAAAUAAUGUUAGGUUCAUGUAAUUAUUUUUAGUGGUGCGGUUUGCUUUAUAAAUUUGGAUGUAGUGCAUUUGAUUUUUGCCGCGUCGUGUCGCGUUGCAAGUGCGUUCAGUGCUUAACAAUUGUAAAGAAAUGAAAUUGAAUGAACAAAUUCAAAUAUAUUUCAGAAUAUAUUUGGUUCUUUAAAUACAUGGCAAGUUUGUCAAUCAA